AUGGCUCGAUCUGUCUUUCUUAUUGGUCCUGGUUUCAUUGGAGGGGAAAUUUUGGACCUCCUCCUCCAGGAGAAUUACAGCGUCACCACGCUGGUUCGUCGACAGUCGGCUGUCGCGGAUUUCGACAAACUGGGUGUCAAGACUGUGAUCGGCACUCUCGACGACGACACCAUCGCAAAGCAGGUCGCUGUUAGUGACAUUGUUUUCCACACGGCGACCGCGGACCACCUGCCCUCUGUUCAAGCCGUGCUUGAAGGAAUCAAAAAGCGGGAGAACCGAGGCCUAGAAACAAUCUACAUUCACACCAGUGGUGCCAGCCUACUCGCUGACACCGCAGCUGGUAAUUACAAAAGCGAUGUCAUUUUCGAUGAUGAAAAUCCUGCCAAUAUUGACGCCCUUCCGAACUCUGCGCCCCACCGCUUGAUCGAUCUAGCCAUAGUGCGCGCGCGAAAAGAAUUGGCCAAGCACUCGAAGAUGGCCAUCAUGAUUCCUCCAAUUAUUUAUGGUAUCAAUAGCCGCGAAAAGCGUACAUCAAUUCAACUGCCUACAUUCGUCCGUUACUCUCUUAAACACGGGUACGCGGGUCAGGUCGGCAAGGGACUUUCAGUCUGGAAUCAGGUCCACGUAAAGGAUCUCGCACGCGGCUACAUAACACUUCUUCAUUGGAUGGAGACCACUUCCGCGAGCGAAGUUGUUCAAAAUCCCUAUUUCUUUUGUGAAAAUGGUCAAGAGCUCUCUUGGGGUGAAUGUUCGGCUGAAAUCGGCCGCAUUCUUAAGGAGGCCGGCCGCCUUGAUGAUGCGGAGCCUAAGACGAUUCCUCCUGAAAACUAUAAGGAUAUUUUCGCCGAAUACACUGAAAUUGUCGGUGGGUCAAAUUCUCGCAACCGUGCAAACCGACUUCGCAAAAUGGGUUGGAAGCCAUCUGAGAAGAACACGUUCGCCUCGUUGGCUGAAGAUGAGAUCCCAACGAUCAUGAAGGAAACCGGUCAAUUCAGCGGCUAUGCCAAGCCCGUGGCUUCUUAA